UUGAAGAGUUUGAGAUGAUCAGACCACAAACAAAGCAAGUCAAUGGCAACAAACAACAGUUGGAACCUUUUCCAGUCCAGGAUGAAGAUUUUGCUGUUGUUUAUUCUCACAUUCUCAGGGCUUUCUGUUCUGUCUACAAACUUCUUCAGAAAGUACCACUAUGUGAACAUCCCAAAGACUUGGGCUGAAGCUCAGGCGUAUUGCAGAGAUGUGUACGCUGACCUGGCUACCAUAGACAGCCAAGCAGGCAACAACAGGCUGCUAGGUGGAAUCCAGGAUCCUGGAAAACAAGCAUGGAUCGGGCUUUUUGAUGACGCAGUCUGGUGGAAAUGGACGCUGGGAGAUGUAUACUUUAAUAUUAAUGAAAAUUUCAGCAACUGGAAACCCGGUGAGCCUAAUAAUGAAGACUCCAAUCAGAGCUGUGUGGUGAUGCAGUUUGAUGGGCUGUGGCGUGAUGAAAACUGUGACACAGAUCGUCCUUCAGUUUGCUUUAAUGAACAAGGUCCACCCAAGUACUACUUAAUGAAAACUUUCAUGACUUGGGGCAAUUCUCUGGAUUACUGUAGGUCCAACUACACUGAUCUUGCCAGAGUAUUGACCAUGUCUGAAGUGAAUGAAAUCUAUCCUCCACUGGGACGAAACCACUGGAUCGGUCUCCACAGGAAUCUCUGGUCUAACUGGUCUGACCAGAGCCCUGUGACCUUCACAAACUGGAACAACAGUAAACCUGACAACCAAGACAAAACCAUGACUUCAUGUGCAGCACUCAACACAACCACAGGAACGUGGUAUGAUCAUGACUGUGAUAAAAAGCACGAGUUUAUCUGUCAAACUCUGAUUCCACCGAGGAGUAGAAUCAAGAUGAAGUUCCAGUCUGAGGCCGACCUGAGUGAUCCUGACAUUCAGCAGCAGAUUUUAGAACAGCUGCAUGCAAAGUUGAAGACCAAUGGUAUAACAGAUUUUACACUCCGCUGGAUUGAUGCAGACGGGCAAACUUUUCGCAAGGAACAAAGCAAGAAAAAAGGUUGAAGAAAACAGGGCUGGUGAUUUGCAACAGAAAUUAUUAACAUCCCUUAAGUAAUAAUAAUUAAAAACAAAACACACAGAUUCUCUGUUUUACUUCCAUGAUCCUUAGCUUAGUGUAUUUAGCAAGGAACUGUGAUUGACUGUAUGAUAAACAUCAGAAAAUCAGUUGUCUUUCUUACCAUAAAUGGCUCAACAUUUCCUUUUUUAUUUUUCUUCAGAAAAUCUCCUUUUUGUGUGUAUUUCUUUAUCAAAGAUUGAACAUGAAAAAUAACUGGUGGCUUUUAAUAAAAUACAUAAAACACAUUGAAAGGAAGAUAAUUUAUUUACCUUAUAUAACAUAUUUUCACUUUUUGAUAAUUUGUGUUAGCUUUCAUAUAUAUAUGUGGUUCAUAACACCAGGCGUAGCAGUACAAAUAUAUAAUAGCAUUGUUUGAAACCAGAAUGUUUUUUUUUCCUUUUUUUUUUCCAGAAGAAUGUUCUUAUUUUAUGUUAAGUUUAAAGUAAUACAUUUGUGUGAGAUUUUUGCAAUAAAAACUCAUAACUAGCUUCCUUAGUAAUUUCACCCACAACACACUAGUCUACUUAAGCUUGAUUUUUCAUGGAUAUUUUUUAUUGUGCUGUUUGCUGUUGAAAUUGUUUAAAUUGCAGUCUGCCUGUGAUACAACAUUUUACUGUUGUUUAAAAGUAGUUUGUGAAAUAUAAAUAAAAGUUAUA